GCCACGUAGCCAAUGAAAAUUGUGAGGGUUACAAUAUCACAAUGACCGUCUUGCGCGCGAAAAAUACUGUAUUGUUUAAUAGCGGUUUUCUCUGUUUUUAAACCCGCCUCCUGAAUUGUAAGGCACCUUUGCGCAUGUCGUAUAUACUGACGUAAGUAACAAAAUGCCUAACGAAGCAUUUUUCGGCAAUAGAUAGUCCUGGAGUACGAAAGACAAUUUCUUUCAUUUUUCGACGCGCAAAUCAAGGACUAAAUACAGACCAAUAUGGCAUAUUACCAAGCCCCAGAGCCCUUUUACUACAGCAACGAGGAAGUUGUGGACAUACGCAGUCCUUAUUCAAAUGCGAGGCGAAAUGUAACACUUACUUACAAUCCUACCUCAGGUCAGUUUUCAUCUCAUUCAGUACAUUUCACUAAAGAUCUAAAGGAUUUCAAGGUACUUACUGCUGAGUUAAAUAAAUCUUUGCUGAAAGUAAAUCUUUCUCUUAGGUUUCCAUGCGCGGAACGGAAGAAUAACAAACAUUCAGAUAACAGUAGAGGCUAACAAUGGAGAAACGUUCAUCAUAAAUCGUCGCCCAAAUGGGGGUAAAUAUACAUGAAUAUCGACAAAAGGUUCUCUAUCCACAGUCCAAACGAACCUCGACACUCGACAAUGUAUUCUAAUAUUUGCCUGUAAUUUCGCCUUAGUUUGGCUUGUUCCCUAACUGAUAGAGCUUGAUUAAAGAAUGAGAUGCUGGGUAACUCUUCCAUCAGCUGCUCACAUCCAAUACAACAUUCUUACACAUCUUUCAUGUUGUUUUAAGCUUUUAAAGUAAUGUAUGAAUGUGCAACUAGAAUUACCUUUACGACGAUGUGUACAUUUGUUUGGAGGCAAGAAAAGCACCACCAAAAUUCUCAUUAAAUGCUCUAAUGUAAAGUUUGAGUUAAGUUUUACCUUUAUAUUGCUUACACAGCGUACCAGGCAGGCAAUUGCUGGACGCAGGUAACCCGCCGUCAACGAUAAGAAGUUUGUUAUGAACAAG